GUGCUUCGUGUACCAAAGAAUCCCCUUUCCAUCAAAACCUGAGCUCUCAGCCUUGCAUUAAGAUGGGAGACGCCAAACUAUCCUCGUUGUCCACCUAUGGACUGCAGUGGUGUUUCAAGCAGCUAGGCAAAGAAGAGUUUGAGACAUUUAAGGAAUGGCUCAAGGAAAGCACAUCAGAACUUGCAACAUGCUCUUUCCCCCUGGCCGAAGUGGAUGAUGCCAAUUCAGAGCAUCUCACCUCCCUCUUGCAUGAGCAUUACAAAGACUCUUUUGCCUGGAAGAUCUCCAUCGACAUCUUUGAAAAGAUGCACCUGUCUGCACUCUCUGAGAUGGCAAGGGAUGAGAUGAAAAAAUAUUUACUGGCUGAAAUAGCAGAAGAUUCUAUACCAGCAAAGACUGACCAAGGUCCAAGUCUGGAAGAAGUGCCAGGCCACAGUGAUGACCAACAGAACUACAGGACACAUGUGAUGACAAGAUUCUCCCCGGAGCUGGACACACCCCACGGUUCGGAGCAUUUUGCCUUUGACCGUCAAGAGACACACUUGCUGUCGGGGGCUUUUAGCCCAGACCAGGGGGGCUUCCGGCCUCACACGGUGGUUCUGCACGGAAAGCCAGGCGUCGGGAAGUCGGCGUUGGCCAGAAGGAUCUUGCUGUGGUGGGCGCAGGGGAAACUCUACCCGGGCAUGUUCUCCUAUGGCUUUUUUCUCAGGGCCGGAGAGAUGCAGUGGGUGAGGGAGAGCAGCUUGGCAGAGCUCAUCGCCAGGGAGUGGCCAGAGUCCCAGGUGUCUGUGGAAGAGAUCUUGUCCCAACCAGAAAGGCUCUUGUUGGUGGUGGACGGGUGCGAGAACCUGGACCUGGCCCUCGAAGACGACAACUCACAUCUCUGUGGCGACUGGGCAGAAAAGCAGCCCACGUCCCUCCUGCUGCGCCGUCUGCUAAACAAAAUCUUGCUUCCUGAGUGCUCCCUGAUCAUCACGGUCAGAGACGGGGGCAUAGAGAAGCUCCAGCCCCUGCUUCUAUCUCCCCGUUACCUGUUGGUGGAGGGACUCUCGGUGCAGAAAAGGAUGCAGGUGCUUCUCGCGCAUGGGAAGCAUGACCAUCCACAGGGGCCAGCCUGGUUGCCCUCGGUGGUGGACAACCAUGAACUGUGGGACAAGUGCCAGGCGUCCGCCGCAUGCUCACUCAUCGGCGAGGCUCUGAAGCUGCAGGAGGCUCCAGGGAAGAGCCUUCCCGCUUGCCAGACCCUCACGGCCUUGUAUGCCACGUUCCUGUUCCAUCAGCUUACCCCAAAAGAUGCAUCCCGGUGCUGUCUGAGUCAGGAAGAGAGAGCCGCCCUGAAGGGCUUGUGCAGGCUGGCAGUGGAGGGCGUGUGGGAGACCAAGUUUGUGUUCCCCAGCGAGGACCUGGCCAUGCACGGGCUGAAGGAGCCCGAGCUCUCGGCCCUGGUUCAUGGGAGCAUCCUGGUCCAGGAUACCCGCAGCCAGAAGUGCUAUGCCUUCCUGCACCUGAGCCUCCAGGAGUUCUGCGCUGCCUUGUACUACAUCCUGGAAGGCUUGGAAACCAAGCACGACCCCUUCCCUCUGUUCACCGGGAACAUGAAGAGUUUGAUGGAACUCAAACAAAUCGACUUCAGCGUCCACCUGGUCCAGGUGAAGAGGUUCUUGUUUGGCCUCGUGAGUGAAGGCAUGACGGGGACACUGGAAGCCCUUCUCGGAUGUCCCGUCCCCCUGGUGGCAAAGCAGGGGCUUCUCCACUGGAUCUCUUUACUGGGCCAACACGCUGACACCAUCACCCCACUAGACUUCCUUGACGCCUUCCACUGCCUUUUCGAGACCCAAGACGAGGAGCUGGUUCGCGUGGCGCUGACCGGCCUCCAGGAAGUGUGGCUUCCGGUACACCGCGCGAUGGACUUCGUAGUGUCUUCUUUCUGUCUCCAGCAUGGCCGGGAUGUACAGAAAAUCCGGUUGGAUGUCAGAGGGAUCCCAAAGGAUGAAGGUGCUGAGGCGUGGUCCAGGGCGCCCCACGGGCUGCAGAUCAAGACCCUUGAUGAACACUGGGAAGAUCUCUGCUCUGUGCUCAGCACCCACCCAAACCUCCAACAUCUCGACCUGAGUGGCAGCAUCUUGAGUGAACAGGCCAUGAAGACCCUCUGCAUUAAGCUGAGGCAACCAACCUGUAAAAUAAAGAAUCUCAUAUUUAAAAGUGCCCAGGUGACCCCCGGUCUCCGUCACCUCUGGGUAACGCUCGUUAUCAACCGUAAGAUUAAAUACCUGGACCUGGAAAGCACUCGCCUGAAGGAGGAAGACGUUGUGAUGGCUUGUGAAGCCAUAAAGCACCCCAACUGCCAGCUGGAGUCUCUGAGGUUGGAUCGCUGUGGAUUAACCCACAGCUCUUGUCUGGCGCUUUCCCAAGUCCUUGUUACAUCCGUCAGCCUGAAGUCCCUCAGCCUGGCAGGAAACAAGGUGACAGACCCGAGCAUAAAGCCACUCUGCGAUGCCCUGAGGUCUACACAGUGCACUCUGCAGAAGCUGAUACUUGGGGACUGUGGCCUCACAGCUGCCGACGGCCAGGAUCUGGCCUCAGCCCUCACCAAGAACCAGAGCUUGACACACCUGUUUCUGGCCAGCAACAGCCUGGGGAGCGAAGGCGUGAACCUGUUGGGUCGAGCCAUGAAACUUCCCAACUGCAGUCUGCAGAGGCUGAUACUGAAUGCCUGCAACCUGGAUGUGGCUGGCUGUGGCUUCCUUGCAUUUGCACUUAUGGGCAACCGACGCCUGACGCAUCUGAGCCUCAGUGUGAACCCCUUGGAGGAUGAUGGGAUGAAGCUUCUGUGUGAGGUCAUGAUGGAGCCGUCGUGCCAUCUCCAGGACCUCGAACUGGUGAAGUGCCAGCUCACUGCCACUUGCUGCAAGAGCCUGUCCCACGUGAUCACAAGAAAUAAACACCUGCAGAGCCUGGACCUUGCCGCCAACGCCCUGGGCGACAAUGGGAUUGAAGUGCUGUGCGAGGGACUGAAGCAGAAGAAUUCUCUGAGGAGACUUGGGCUGGAGGCGUGUGAGCUGACCUCGGGUUGCUGUGAGGCCCUCUCCUCCACCCUCUCUGGCAGUGAGCGCCUGACGAGCCUGAACUUGAUGCAGAAUAAUUUCAGUCUCGGAGGAAUGACAAAGCUGUGCUCAGCCUUCGCACAGCCCACCUGUGAUCUACAGAUGCUUGGGCUGUGGAAAUGGCAGUAUCCUGCUCAAAUGAGAAGGCUUCUGGAGGAGCUGCAGCGACUCAAGCCACAGAUGGUUAUUGGUGACCAUUGGUAUUCUUUUGCUGAAGAUGACAGAUACUGGUGGAAAAACUGAAUCCAAGGA